AUGCCAAAUCAUCUCCCUACCCUUAUCGUCACGCCGCACGGCCAACCAAAUCAAAUCCUCUACACCUACCUCCACACAGAAGAGAAUCGGGUCAACUACCUUCUCACCCCCUCCCCACAAGGCGAUCUAUGCGUCGCCAAGCUCUACCCGCCCAACCGCCAAGCCAAUGGCGGCGGCCUCGGCAACCCUUCAUCCUCCAUGUCGGUCCCGACCGCCAACAAGCAACCGCCCAACGUCGUCCGGUGCGAAGCCUCUCGCGACCUCAAAUGGACCAUCGAAAAUACAGGCGUCAUGUCGCCAAUCUACAAGAUUGUAAACCAGGACGAUACGCCGCUGUACCAGAUCUCCAAGCCUAAUCCGAAUGCCGAGUUUUGGACGAUGUUUUAUUUCAAGUAUGCGGGGCAUCAAAUACCGCCUAAACGGAUCGAGUUUGGAAGGGUCGCCAAGAACCCGCCAGAAAAGGGCGGCGGGACUCGGAUUACCAUCACUGGCAAAUCUGACGAUGAGAAGCAGAUAUGGCAGACGCUUGGAGUAGGGAAUGAGGACUGUGUGGAAUGGGUCGUAUGCUGCGCGUGCUUGAACCUGCUAGAUGACCAAAUCCUGCAAGCCGCCGAGAAACGCGCCGGCCCGACCGGACCAGCAUCCACCGCCUCUUCCGCCCCAGCCGCCACCCGCCCUGUCCUCUCGCAGCUUCAACGACCCGGGACAGGGCCCCGUUCCGCCCCCUCUCCAAUCGGCGCCAAUGGCGGCGGAGGAGGAGGUAUCGCAUCCACAGCUCUGCGUAGCGGUCCACCCCCACCCCGCCCCGGCCCCGGCAUCGCAUCCACCUCGUCCUCUCUCCCUGCUCAUCCCGCAUCGAAUCUCGCGCAAACGUAUCGCCAGAACCCACCACCCCGGAUGAACUCGGGUCCGAGUCAGGGUAUGGGGCCGGGAAGCUAUCGAGGCGCUCCCCCGCCGCAACAACAGCAGCAGCAGCAGCAGCAGCAGCAGUAUGGCGGGGGUGCGCCGAGUCCGGGUGCGGGACCGGGACAGGGAGGGUAUGAUCCAAGACGGGGACCGCCGAUGCAGGGGGUGCCGGGCACCACCGGCCGGGGCGGGCGGGAGGAGAUUUUGAGGUGGAUGGGGCUGGAUGCAGACGGAGGGGGGAGUUGGGAAGCGGGAAGCGGGAAGGAAGAUGGGAAGGCGCAGUGGGAUCGAGAGUCGUACUGGGGAGGACAGGAGGAGGGUAGCUGGGAAGGGAGAGGGACCGACAUCAUCACCAUCAGCAUCGGUACAGGUCUACCAGCACUUUGA